AUGGAUCGUCUGGACUUCAAUCAUAUGCUUAUGGUCAAGGUUAUCGGCAACGAGCUUUACCUGGCACCGCUCGAUGAAGCAAAGAUGCAUCGGAUCCUGGAUAUUGGAACUGGAACAGGAGUUUGGGCAAUGCAGAUGGGCGAGGAGUUCCCAAACACAGAGAUCAUUGGGAACGACCUGAGCGCCAUCCAGCCGACGUGGGUUCCACCGAAUGUUAAGUUCGAGAUCGACGACGUCGAGAGCCCUUGGCUAAACUCGGGAAAGUACGACUUCAUUUUCUGUCGGAACACAAAUCCUGGCGGCUGGGUCGAGUUCCAAGAAUACAACCUCCGGUGUAUGUCAGAUGAUGGAACACUCACUGACAAGCAUUUCACCCCUCAAUGGGAAGACAAGUUCUUCGAAGCCUGCAAACUGGUGAACCGUGAGCCUAAUCCCGGGCCAAAGUUGGAGAAUUGGGUCAAGGAGGCGGGCGGAUUUGUCAAUGUUGCCCAUCAGAAGUUCAAAGUCCCAAUGGGGGACUGGCCCAAGGAUCCUCACUACAAAGAGUGUGGCUUGAUCAAUCUCAUCCAGAUUCUCGAUGGAUUGGAGGGAUUCACCUUGAGACUCUUUACUGGAGUGCUUGGAUGGACGAAAGAGGAGGUACUUGUGUUCCUAGCGGAGGUCCGUCGCGAGUUGAAGUCUCAGGUGUUCCACGCCUACUUGGAACUUCAUGUGGUUUAUGCUCAGAAGCCAGAGACAGAUGAAUGA